CUUGUCCAUCGCUAGUUCUUGACCUGCAGGGGUUGUGAAAAGUGAUCUUGAAAAUAGCGUCAGAGUUGAGCAAGGCAUUGGCCCUGCAGCGUAAUUUCCAUCAAGAUAAGCCAACGAAGGAGAUUCUACACCUGUAAUGCUUUAAUGCUAAAGUCCAUACUUGGCGCGGACACGAAUGGUUCUGCGGAAGAUAUACCAAGCGGAGGCGUUGGCGUGGCCAACGGCAGCAGUGGCGGGAGUGGCAGUGGUAGCAGCACCAGCGGUGGAGCACUAAGCCGAGCCAGUUACGGCCUUGGCUCCAGCUCAAUAUCCAGUGGCCUAAGUGCUGUCUGUGGCCUGGUCGCAAGUGGGAGUGGGAGUGCGAGUAGGAGUACAAGCGGUGGCAGCACACCAGCCUCCGUCUUUUGCCCCGCAUGCGUAGCAAACAGCUCACAGCAGCAGCAGUUGGCAUUUGCCUCUGGGACUGAGGCGAUCCAGUUGCGAGAAUCAAAAUCGGGCAAACGGAUUAAGGCGCGUAAAAGUGCAUCAACGGCUGGCUGCUUAGACGCACAGCAUAUACGCAACAACCUGAAGAUGUCCACAUCGAGCUCAAUGCGGAGCACACGCGGCAAUGGCGCUGGCAGCAGCAGCAGUAGCAGCACGGCUUCCGCUGUGGUGCCAUACGAUGGCAGCAGCAAUGGCAGCUGCAGCAGCAGCGUCAAUGGCAAAGACAACUCGCCGGGCAGCUACAGCUGCAAUGCGCUCAAUGUGGACUUCACCUCCUAUACGGCUACGCAUCAAUGGACACGCAUGCUGGAGUGUGCCGAGUUUGUGGGCGCCAAGCGCAGCAAGCACACGGUGGUUGCCUACAAGGAUGCCAUGUUUGUGUUCGGCGGGGACAAUGGCAAGAACAUGCUCAACGAUCUGAUUAGGUUUGGGGUCAAGGACAAGUCAUGGGGACGGGCAUGCGCGACGGGCACACCACCAGCACCGCGCUAUCAUCAUUCGGCUGUUGUCGCGGGCAGCUCAAUGUUCAUCUUUGGCGGCUAUACGGGCGACAUACAUUCCAACUCGAAUCUGACCAAUAAGAAUGAUUUGUUUGAGUACAAAUUUCUCAGCGCCAUGUGGGUGGAGUGGAAAUUCUCGGGCAGGCAACCCGUGCCACGCUCGGCGCAUGGUGCUGCAGUUUAUGAUAACAAAAUGUGGAUUUAUGCUGGCUACGAUGGCAAUGCACGACUUAAUGAUAUGUGGACGCUGAAUUUGACCGGCGAGAAUCAUCAAUGGGAGGAGGUUGAACAGCAGGGUGAUCGUCCGCCCACUUGCUGCAAUUUUCCCGUUGCCGUUGCACGCGAUGCCAUGUAUGUCUUCUCUGGCCAGAGUGGCUUGCAGAUAACAAAUUCGCUGUUUGAGUUUCACUUUAAGACGCGCACCUGGCGUCGCAUCUCCAAUGAGCCGGUGCUGCGUGGCGCUACGUCGGCGCCACCAUCACGCCGCUAUGGUCACACCAUGGUGCAUCAUGAUCGUUUCCUGUAUGUGUUUGGCGGCUCGGCAGAUUCCACGCUGCCGAAUGAUUUGCACUGUUACGAUCUGGACUCGCAGGUGUGGUCUGUAAUACAUCCGGAACAGAACUCAGAUGUGCCAUCCGGUCGUGUGUUCCAUGCAUCGGCCGUAAUUAGCGAUGCAAUGUAUAUCUUUGGCGGCACCGUUGACAACAGCGUCCGACGUGGCGAUACGUAUCGCUUUCAGUUCUCCAGCUAUCCCAAGUGUACGCUGCGCGACGACUUUGGCAAUUUCAUUCACGAGAAGGAAUUCUGUGACAUUCAGUUUGUGGUGGGCGCUGAAGAGAUACGCAUUCUGGCGCACAUUGCCUUUGUAGCGGCACGCUCCAAGUAUUUGCGCAACAAGAUCUUGUCGGCGCGUGAGGCGCGCCAACAGCAAAUGGAGAAGGUCUACGGUGUUGGUCAGGUCGAUGCAUUGGUAUUAAAUACGGGAGUCGGUGCGGAUCGUGUGCCCAUGCUGGAGGUGCGACUGUCGCAUGCCUCACCCGAAGCGUUCGAGAUCAUACUUAACUACAUUUAUACGGAUCGCAUUGAUUUGAAGGACUCCUACAGCAAGAACAUAAUCAUACUCAUCACGGACAUCUAUCAGCUGGCUGGUCUGUUCACCAUGCCGCGCCUGGCGCACGGCUGCAUACAGUAUCUGGACUAUAAGAUCAACAAGAUAAAUGUGCUCGAAGCCCUCUACAAUGCGGACAAAAACAACAUCAAAAUCAUUAAGGAUCACUGCAUGCAAUUCAUUAUCAAGGAGGAGAACUUCACCGAAGUGGUCAUGUCCAGUGAGUUCAGCGAUCUUGACAAGCCGUUGCUUGUCGAGAUUAUACGCAAACGUUUGCAUCCCAGCAAACUGGUCUUGGACAUCAGCUUUGAGUCCAAUAUUGGCACCACGUUGGAGCUGGAUUUGUCCAUGUUCUUGGAGACAACGGGCAAGGACUUUUGCGAUAUAAGCCUCAUACUGGAGGAUCAUGUGAUACCGGCCCAUAAAUCUGUGUUAUCAGCACGUUGUACCUAUUUCCAGGGCAUGUUUCGCUCGUUCAUGCCACCGGAUAAUACCGUCAAUAUACAAAUUGGCGAAAUUUCACCCUCGCUGGAGGCUUUCCACUCGCUGUUACGCUAUAUAUAUUAUGGGGAGACCAAGAUGCCGCCACAGGAUGCACUCUACUUGUUUCAGGCACCCUGUUUUUAUGGCCUGUCCAACAAUCGUUUGCAUGCCUUCUGCAAAUACUCAUUGGAGCAUAAUAUAACAUCAGAGAAUGUGCUGCAGACAUUGGAGGCGUCCGAUAUAACAAAAAUCUAUGACAUAAAGGAUUAUGCAUUGAAAUUAAUUGUCAAAGAUUUUGCCAAAGUGGCCAGGCUGCCCAAACUUGGAGGUUUGUCGCGCGAACUGUUGCUGGAGAUAAUACGCGCUGUGGCCGAUUCGCAAGGCGAGUUUCUGACCCGCAUCAAUAUCAAUACCGAUAUCUGAAAAAUAGUGCUGCUACAGCCGGCUUUGCAGUUGUUGCUCGCCUGGUUGCAAAUCGGACGUAGCACGUAGAGCAGCAGUAGCGGUUGGUAGCGCAACGAAUCCACCCAAGCCACACCUUGCUUCCCUUCUGUUCCUAAACCCUAACCUAAUCUCUAACUGACAUAAUAAUCUCAAACUAUAAUGCUUUUGCAUAAUUUAAAACAAAAACAAAACAAACGUAUACAAAACAUACAAACACGCCCAUAUACUCACGAUAAUCAAAAAUCCAAAGAAAUGAAUAUGAUGGAGACAGCGAUGUAAGCACAAUAUAGAUAGAGACAGAGAGAUACAGAAAGAGCGAGAGAGAGAGAGAGAGAGAGUCAGAAAUCUUGAUAUCUUAGAUCGUCUUUUGUGUAGGUUGUAAGCGGAGCUGUAAGUUAAUAUUGCUAUGAUAAGGAUGGUUUAUAGGUAUGCAUAUAAUCUAUAUGUUUAGUGCUCCUGGAACUGAAGGUACUUUAGUGUUUUGCUCCAAUAUUAUUGGGGUAAACUGAAAUAAAGGCAAUUUCAAUAUCAAUAUCUUCCAAUACAAAGAAUUCUAAUUACCACAGUAUCUAUACCAUAGCACAAUAGUAUCUAUACAGUAUGUUGAACAGUUGUCUAAUCUCUAUUUAUAUAUAUCUCAAAAUAUCCAUAUAUAUCUAUGUGUAAAAACAUAUUCGCUGUAUCUAUGUGUUGAUAUGUAUAUUGAAUACUAAUCGUUGUUGGUCAACGGUUGAAACCUUCAGAAGUUAGAUUAAAUAGGGUCGUUGGGAUGUCAGUUCCAGAUAAAAGUUAGUCGCAAGGGGUUCGAUAAUUGAUAGUCAAGAGCUCAUGAGUUCUAUGUUGUGUUGAUUGCUCCAAAAAUCGUUAUAUUAGCAUUUGUCUUGUCAUCAAUUUCGUCUGGAAUAAACUCAAGAACUUCCUCAACGUGUUCUCAGCAAGAAAUUGCUGAGUCGAAAUUGUCGAUUCAGAAUAUAAAUGCUUGGCAAGACAAUGAAUUGUCCAGAUUAAAUUCGAAUGAAACUAUUGCAAUAUUUAAACCUGAUAACCGAACUCCAAGUCUAUUGAUACCUUGGUACCUUGAUAUUGGUACCUUUUCAUAUUUCAAAUUCUACUUAUAAGGAUGCUAUAGCAUCAUAUAAAAACUGUGCGCAUUCCCCAGUCUUUCAAAGAACGGGAAGGUUAAGUUUCAAAUGUGGUCUUUUAAUACCUAUCAAACCAAAUCUGGACUAUAUGAAUAUUUAAUUGACUUGAUGUACUUUUCGGAUGUGACAAACCCAAUCGGGGGAAUAUACAAAAAAUAAACAA